AUGGGCAAAUUCGGCACGACAAAUAAAUCAACGGAGAAUCUUCUGCGUGAUAAAUUCGUACCCGAGACAUCUCCAACUAAUAUUCCCACUGAUGUACUCAUCAAGCAAGGGCAAAUAACGGAUUCCACCGAAUCACUAAUUCAUGGAGGCGCAGAAAGGUAUAUUGUUAACGCUUUAAAGCCUAUAGAAUUAAAUAAAACUGAAGGCUUUUUCGAAGACCCGCCGUUCCAUCUUCCUUCUCCACCGGUUGAUUCGACAAAUCUGGAGUAUGAAGACGUUACCGAUCUUCCUAAGAAUGGUUUACGAUAUGAUUUGAAUGAUAUAUCCGUUGAGGUAAUCGAAGAUUUAUACCGCCAGAUUGAAGCUUUUUUGGUUCAUUUCAAACUAUCCAGAAGUUUUUUACAAAUUUUCAAAAACUAUGUCAAUAUUCUUAUUCAAGAAGGCAUCAAUCCUUUACGCGAUGAGUACUUCACAAUAUUGGAAGAUGAACUGAAAGGUUUUUUCACUUUCAAUUCUGUUAUAGAAGAGAUUUUAGAAAUAUUUUUAAUCCACCCUCGCAACAAAUUCAUUGCAUUGUCCCUUGCAGAAUAUACCUACGCUAAGAACAAAAUCAGAAGACAUUUUAAUCACUGGAAGACUGUAUGUGAAUUGAAUGAAGAGGCAAACAGGUUUGCAAAUCAAGCAAAGCUGAGGGUACAGGAAGCCGUCUUCUAUAUUUGGAGUGAUAAAACAUUAAAAUACUCACAGAUGGCCAACGAUGAAGCUGAAAGUUUUAGGAAUACUUGGCUACUAUUUCGCUCGUUCCAACAAUGGAUAACUUUAACACAAACUCUUAAGGAGCAGUCAAGGUUAGCAGAUCAGGCCUUUUUGAAUAAGAUGUUUAGGAAAAUUUUAAAGGCACAAGAGCAUUGGAAACACUUAGAAACUGUUAACACUGACAACAUUAAGAAGAUAUUUUUACGAACAACAUUUCAUAUAUGGAAGCUAAGACAUAAAGAAAUAAACUACCACGGGUUGGAAAGAAGGAUUUUCGAAAGAAUAAAACAGAAAGUUAUAAACUAUGAAUACAAUAAGAGCAUUGCAGAAAAAGUGAGGUCGUUUUCUCUACAAAGAAAAUAUCUGAAUAAAUGGGAAAAGAAAAACAUUGAAAACGAAGAUAAACUUGGGGCACUUUAUGAACUGGAGAAUAAAUUCAUCAAACAAAAGUUUUUUCGCAAAUUAAACCGGUCAUUUCAACAUAGUCAACAAGAGGCAAUUGCAAAGAGUAAACUAAAUCAGACACUUUUGAGGUGCGUUUUUGAGAAGAUGUGGCUGAAAAGAUUCGAAGACCAUCUGCAUUUGUAUUCAAUUGUAAGUCUAAAAGAGGCUAACCUCGUGAAGCGUAUUUUUCAUUCAUGGAAAAAACUUCUAUAUAUUGACCUCAAAGCAAGCGAUUAUUCGAGGACUAAUUUGCUCAAGUCAUCAUUGCGAAGUUGGAAACUUGAAGUAAAGUUAAAAAUAUUUGAGCAGAAAUGUAAAAAGAGUAUUCAAGCAAGCGCGUAUCGUACAUGGAGGAAAAGAAUACAGUAUGGGAAAAUAUCGAGCGAACAUGUUAAAACGGCAUUUUGUGCAAAAUAUCUUGGUGUGUGGAAAAGGAGGAUGCUACAAAUGAAUUCUAUGAAUGACGAAGCAUCCAAAUUUUACGAAGAGGGUCUCGUAAAUGAGUGUCUAGCUAUAUGGAAAGAACGCCUGAUUAAAACUAAGGAAUUGGAGGAUAGAUACAAUUUCUUAUGUAAGACACAUGCAAUUUUGACUGUAAAACGGACGCUAAUGCAUAUUGAUAAUGUUCAUUUGCUAUAUACGAAACUGGCGCCCUCUAUGGAUAGAGUAAAGCUUUCUAAGGCCUUUUUAAAGUGGCGGAAAGCCACAAGGUUCAAAGUCAGGCAUAAGUUAAACGAUAUUUUACACGUUUAUGAAAAGAGUAAAGAGCGCGAACUUCAAAGCCAACUGUUCAACGCUUGGCGAAAUAGAUUUUGCUUCUACACAGAAGAAUGUAACAUUCAGGCUAUUUCAAAGAGAAACUACCAGCUUGAAAAAAUGGUGCUGAAGAAAUUUAGAGAAAGACUUUUAGAGAUAGUAAAAUCAGAAGAAUUAGCAGACGAAGUUCGCGAAGAAUUUGUGUUAGUCAAGACGUUUUAUAUUUGGAAAACUCAUCUAGACGAAAUAUUUUAUAUGAGUACAUUAUUGGAACAAUCGGAAGCUAAUAAACAAUUCAUAAUUACAUCCAAAUUCUUGAAAAUGUGGAGUCUUCGAUUCCUAAAAAUUAAGCGUAAUGAUGAGACAGUCGAGGUGUUUCGUCAUCGGUGGGACAGGGCCACUGUAAGGGGAUUGUUAUUAUUAUGGAAAAAUCGUUCAGACAGUUCUCCAAAGAGAAGGAAGGACUUCAAUCUUAAACAUGAACUAAAAACUCCCAUAAGAUCAGACUCUCAAAACGCCUCAACCAUACCAGGCUCAGAAAGAAUAAAGCAGCACAGAAUGGAAGCGAUGAAGUCGCAUUAUAGCAGGGCAAGAAGAGCCAUACCAAGUCCGGUGAAAUCUUCCAGUGUUCUUGAUUCUACAGCUAAAAAACAGAUCAACCUUGAAAGUACGACAGGCUUAAACGGAUCUCCGACGCGAGGAAAACCUCUAAGGUAUUCUCCUAGGCGUACCACUAGAAACAUGCCAUCCAAAGUUGACCAUAUUGAUUUUGGCAGAAUACCCGCUGUACCUUUUAGCCUAAGCGCCAAUUCUCCUAAAAUCGAUCAAGAUAUGGAUUAUAUAAGAGAGCAUGAUAAAUCCCCGUUAAGUCGUAAACGUCAAUAG